UCCAAAACCACUAAAUGCUAACUAACGUCCGACGUUGAUCGAACGAUCCGACGUAUCUUCUAUUGCUUCUUUCAUUCACUACAUUUCAAUACUAUUUUUUACUUUACUGUCGAAUAAGCUUCAUUAUUAAACCUUUUUAGUUUGAAUUUCCUUGUUGGACGGACCCUACACCACGAUCUGCGAUACGAGUUUUUAGCCACGCCCUCACCUCAACGCUCGUCUCCCCACAUCCGAAAAUGGCGCGGCAUCUUUCCGUCGUCGUCAUCCUAGCGGUUGCGACUUUCUUGGUAUUGUCUUUCAUGACGUCUUUCGGUGAGAAAACCGAACAAAUACGACAGGUGCUACCUGCGGCGGGUUUGGCCGAACGGCCGUUAGGUGCUUCAGAUGCGAUCACAGCAGAUACGAAAGCAGGUUCAAAAAUAGAUACGACGCCAGAUAUGACAGCAGACGUAAAGCCAGAUGCGAAAGCAAACGUAAUCCCAGACCCGAAAUCCGAUUUCCCUUUGCUGUCGAGCGGAAUCCUCUCAGGAGGCGCAAUUGCCCCGAAGCUUGAGAACGCCACCAUCAAAGCUGAACUCGGCCGUUCGACCUGGAAAUUCUUCCAUACCAUGAUGGCGCGAUUCCCCGACAAGCCUACCGAAGACGACUCCCUCGCCCUUAAAACGUUCAUUCAGCUAUUCGCACGCUUAUACCCCUGCGGUGACUGCGCGCGACAUUUCCAAGAACUACUCGCCAAGUAUCCACCUCAAGUUAGCUCGCGUAGCGCAGCCGCGGGAUGGGCGUGCUUCGUACAUAACCAGGUUAAUGAGAGGCUAAAGAAGCCCAUCUUCGACUGUACUCCUGCGAAGCUCGGGGAUUUCUACGACUGCGGUUGCGGGGGUGACAAAAAGGAGGCUGCAGACAGCAUAGGGGAACUGAAGCUAGAGAAGGAAGGAUUGACCAAGGGUGGCUAAUUGUACAAUUAUAUCUUGUUUCUGGGAGCAUAGCGAUCGGGAGUUCUUGGUGGUUGAUUUUGAUCUUAGAAUGGAAAAUAUGAAGCACUUUUGUGUUGGCUCUCCCCUGGCAUCGAGAACACACCGAAAAGAGUAGAUAGAUCUUAUCUUUUUAGUUGCAGUUUAUGUGAUUUUAUAAUGUCUAGAAUACAUGUAGUAAUUUGUUUUCUUUCGUAUCAUGCUUUGGAUUUUUGCUGCAUCAUAGGUCAGCCUACAAAUUCCAACGCGCAAACCUCAAAUCUCAAAAUGCC